UGCGCGCAGAGUGUCGUGCGGACGAAUCUUGCGCAUUGCACAGAUGACACUUACAGUUGUGUGCAUCAAUACGUGAACAUUUGUGCUUACAGGAUUUGUAUAAUUAAUGUCGUGAGUUCCAGUGUCAAUUGUUAUAUCGGAAUAUUUUUGUCGGUUGAACAAAGAUGGCCCCUAUAACUUUUACGGAGACUGAGGUGAUAGAACAGCCAAUUCAUGAGACUGAUUACAUACAAUACAAGCUCUAUCAGCCAGCAAAGGAUACCAGAGACACCAAUGGGAUGAGCAACGGGAAAUCAUGUCAAAUAAGUCCCUACGAUCAAAUGCUAAGCCCCCAUGACCCCAAGUUCUUAGCCCCCAUACGACGACUGGAGAAAAGCCUAGGAUUUGUAACUCCGAUUAGAUGGUUCAAUACUAUUUCUAUAAGCUUGAUGCACAUCAUGGCGACUAUUUGGCUCUUCAACUACAUGUUCCUGAACAAAAGAUCGCUAAAAUGGCAGACUUUUCUAUUUGGAUACAUUUUCGGCCUAGUAGCAGGGUUCGGGGUAACGGGCGGCGCACAUCGAUUCUGGUGCCAUCGCUCAUACAAAGCAACACUACCUUUGCAAUGGAUUCUUGUCUUGUGUUAUUCAGUGGCUGGUCAGAACACAAUCUACGAGUGGGUUCGGGAUCAUCGAGUUCAUCAUAAAUUCUCGGAAACGUCAGCAGACCCUCAUGAUGCCAACCGUGGAUUCUUCUUCUCCCAUGUCGGCUGGUUGAUGAUGAAGAAGCACCCUGACGUGUUGAAGCAAGGUGUCAAGAUUGAUAUGAGUGACAUCAUCAAUGAUCCUCUUGUUCAGUUUCAUACUAGGCACUUCAUGCUAUUCAAGAUUUUAUGCUGCUGGGUCCUACCAUCGUUGGUACCUGCCCUCUGCUGGAACGAAACCUGGGAAGUUUCCAUAAUGUCGCAGGCAGUAAUCCGGUACUUGUUGAGCCUCAACUUCACCUGGUCUGUCAACAGCUUCGCACAUCUGUGGGGCAACAAACCUUAUGACAAAAACAUAAUGCCUGUUGAAAAUUGGGGAGUUUCCGUGGUAGCGAUGGGUGAAGGUUGGCACAACUACCAUCAUACUUUCCCAUGGGACUACAAGGCAGCUGAACUAGGAAUACCUAUGAACAUGACCACCACAAUAUUAAAUUACUUCGCAAGUAUCGGUUGGGCUUACGAUUUGAAAGAAGCAUCUCCAGCCCUUGUCAGGGCAGUUGCAAAGGCCCGAGGAGAACCAGCCGAAGAUUAAAGCUGCCGCCAGCGACAUCUAUGGAAGAAAUCUAUUACAUCGUCUCGUUAGCUUAAAUAAUAGGGAUCAAUGUUGGAUCGAUAACAAAUGUUUUAAAUGUGGUCAAAUAGGUAUUUUAGUUUUAAGGGCAAAAGUGAUCUUAGGUAUUAUUUAUUACUAAAUAAAUUAUGUACUUGGUAUUCUUCGGUAAAUUAAGUUGUAAGGUUAAGUUUUUGUGAUUGCCUAGAAGGCGUUAGGGAAGGUGAGGAUAAUUGAAUUUCAACACUUAAUUGUUUGUGGUUUGGUAUAAAACUAAACUUUAUAAAUGGCUUAUGUAUGACUUUAAAUAUUUGUAAAACUUAUACUAUGUCGUUUAGGUAGGUAUAGCCAAGACAGUCACAAUUAUAAUUUUGCUGUGAACAAACUAGUUAAUCAUUCCAUUAUAAGUUUUUAAUAAAGUCGUACGAGUAUGUACAAUAACUAUUUUAUGAAGUUAAACAAAUUGUGUAUUUGAGAAUGCACAUAAAUAUUUUUAUGAAGGUGUUUUUGUGAAUACACGUUUAUAA